AUGGCUCCGUCAUCGUUGGGUCAGACCCCGCUGGGCAGAGUGGUGAGGAUUCACACGGAUAAAGAAGCGUAUCCCACGGACACGGUCAUCACGUUCCUGGCCCUGCCGUCAGAGGGUGGGCCUCGGGAGUUCCUGGCCCUGCCGUCAGAGGGUGGGCCUCGGGAGUUCCUGUGGAGCUUCGGAGAUUCUCACCCCAUCAGAACGACCUCGCCUACCGUCUCCAGGAGAUACCGCACACCUGGCAGGUACAGCGUGGUGGUGACGACAACCGAUGGUGUGACCUCCGUGACUUCUGACCCUCUCCACCUGGUGGUCCAGACAGCCGUGCGUCCCAGCAGGCUGGUGCACCUGCCCUCGGUGGUCCAGAACCACAGCCUGGUCUUCAGCUGCAGGACCCGUGCCGGCACCAACAUCACCUACAGCUGGAGCUUCGGGGACGGGGAGAGCAGGACAGGACAGAGCACAGAACAGCACACCUUCUACAGGACGGGAGUGUUCAGGGUGGAGGUGACCAUGUCCAAUCUUGUCAGCUCCGCCUCCCUGCUGGGCGAGGUGUUCGUGGUGGUCCGGCCCUGCCAGCCCCCGCCUGUGAAAAACAUGGGUCCUCUCAACAUACAGGUGAGGAGGGAUCAGAAGUUGCGUCUGAGCGUGACGUUGGAGACGGAGGUGCAGUGUGACGUGUUCCGGGGUCUCGGGUACCGCUGGACGGUGCGUGACCCCGGGGGGCUGGUCGUCCCCCUGCCGGGCGUGGGCACUCACCUGCAGAGCCUGGCACUGCCCACACACACCCUGCUGUGCGGCACCUACACCGCCGUAGCGAGGGUGAGUGUUGUGGGCAGCGUGGUGUACAGCAACUACAGCGUGCGUGUGCAGGUGCUGCCCUCCCCCCCAGUGGCCUUCAUCCUGGGGGGCACCAACGUCUUCCUGGCCCGCGGGAACAUCAGUGCCCUCGCCCUGGACGGACACCGCUCCUACGACCCUGACGAGCCCGCUGGAGCUCUCAGCUACAGCUGGAGCUGUAAGCCAAUCAGCUCCAUCGACAGCUCCUGUUUCGACCAACCGGUGGCCACCUCCUCGUCCAUGCUGCUGUUGCCGGACGGAGCCUUGAAGCAAAGCUUCGACCAGUUCCGGUUCACCCUCACGGUCAGCAGCGGGGAACGCUCUGCCUCCUCGGACACCUUCGUCACGGUAACACCACACCUGUCCAGGAGAGUGUGGAUGAACUGCUCCCAGUGCCAAGGAGAUUGGCUGAACUGGGACCAGGCGCUGUCUGUCCGGGCGGGGUGUGAAGGCUGUGGCCUGGAUCCUGUGCUCUACUCCUGGACCCUCUUCCUGGUCAACGCCACCAGUAAGGUGCAGAUAGACGGUGAGACUACCAAUACCCUCCAAAUCAGCAACUGUGCGGAGAAGUGGAAUAAAAACUACAAGUCCCACAAUCCCCAGCUCAGCCACAACACCCCUACUUCCUGGUUCCUUUUCUUUUCAAAUGCCCCUCCCAGAGGAGGACCCAUCAGAUGGAGGUCGCCCCCGGAAACAGAGAACUUUGGCCAGAAUUACAUCAUGGCAGAGUUCCACCUGGGUUCCGAACUUCUAGAAGAUUCUGACUUUCCCUUCGCUGUCCUGGAGAGUUCAGGGGAGGAGGGAGGUCACCACGGGGGGACCAGCGGGAGCUCCGGGCCGGGGGCGGAGGCAGGCCCAGCAGGCCCAGGAUGGAGGGAGGAUGAGGGGAGCAACCUGGUGGGGGCCGGCCCCUCCCCCGUGGUCCCGCCCCCCACCCUGCUGGACCUACCCAGAGAGCAGAUAGAGCCUGUUGUGUUCCAGUCCUACACACACACAGGAACCUCUUCCCCCCAGCUCCUGCUGAGGUCGUACAGCCUGAAGGCAGGCAGCAGGUACCUGCUGGAAGUCGCAGCCCACUCCCAGGAUGCAUUGCUUGGGCGGACUCAGCUGUUCCUGCAGACCAAUCCCGUGCCCUCGGGGCUGAGCUGUCAGGUUCAGCCCAGCAGAGGGGUGGAGAUGGACACACACUUCAGCAUCUUCUGCUCCUCUGGGAGAGAGGAUCUCCAGUAUGCGUACAGCUACAGUGUAGGUGACGGGCCCAGACACAGUCUAUAUGAGGGCCGGGACUUUCAGUUCUACUUCAGCCUUCCUGCUGGGGACCCUGGGGAUGAUUAUAAAGUUCACGUCCACACCAUGGUGAGGAGCAUGCUGGGAGCAGCGACCAGACCUUGCUCCGUCACUGUCAGAGUUCAGCCCCGCCUCUUCAGAAGCCCCGCCCACAACCCCGACCUCCACCUGUAUGAGUCGGGUGUGAGGAACCUGUCGGUGCUGGUGAUGCUGGGAGGACGUGUGGAGGUGCGGAACUACGUGGUGCUGCUGUCCAGCGUCCUGAGCCGCCUCAGCAGCGACCCUGACGCCGACACACACACGCUCACACACACACGCUCCGCGCUCAUCUCUGCUGUGUGUGAGCUGGAGAUUAGCGACCAGGAUUCUCUGGUGGAAAACAUCGACAUGCUGACAGAAUUGAUGCAGCUCCCUGAACAGGUGACGCUGGCCCGAGCCAGACAGGUGAUGAGUCACAUCCGGAUCAUCUCUCACAGCUGGGCUGAGCCCAGCCAGCCUGCUGCUCUCCUGCUGGACCAGAGGACCAUCAACACUCUGGUCACCCUGCUCACCUACAGCCUGCAGGCCUCGGCCACUGGUGAUGAUGUCACGUCCAGCAGUACUGGAUCUGGCUCUGAGGAGCAAGCGGUUAGACUGACGUCAGACUGUCUGCAGACUGCUGCUGAACUACUGCUGAGGUACGUCCUCUCCAGCAGGCUUCAUGUUCACCAGCUCAGCACCAGACUGAUGGAUGUUCAGACCGCUGUCCACCCCCACGGCCUCCAGCUCUCUGACCUCAGCGACGGCUCAACCACCUUCCACCUGCCGGCCUCCCUGGGGGGGGCCCUGGACGGGGGGAGGGAGGGUGCCUCCCUGGGGGGGGCCCUGGAUGGAGGCCCCCACUGUGUGUUGAGUCAGCUCACCACGUUUAGACACAACCCCUACUUCUGGGCUGCUGUACCUGCACAGCCGUCCGGGCCAGCUGAUCUGAGUUUCUACAGCUGUACCACAAGGAGGAAGAUAUCCACACGCCUCGUCUCUCAACCAAUCAGCAUCCAGUUCCACAACACACCCAGUAACGUAUGUAAAGCAACAGCUCUUCCCACCCCGCCCUGGGUGUCUGGGACCAAGCACUCUCUCCUGAUUGGCCACAUAAACUACCACAGCUUCAACAUUACCCAGCAGCACUUGCGGCAGGCUGUCCGGGUGUCUGUGGAGUUCAGCCAUACGGAGAGCAGCACCUUCCCCAUCCUGCUCCUAGUCAGGAUGUUUGAGAAGCCCAGCCCCAGCCAGUACCAUCUUCACCAGACCUACAAGUGGGAAGGAACCAACACACACAUCAUCCUGCCCCCCUCCUAUCUGAACACUCUAGGGACAGGCUAUGUGGCACUGUUGAACGCAGACUACAGCAGGGGCCCUCGUCAUGGGCCCCCAGGCAGCCAGGUCCACUACAGGCUGAGCCUGAGUGCCAGCCAGUGCCUGUCCUGGACCCCCCAAGGGCCCUGGACCCCCCAGGGGCCCUGGACCCCCCAGGGCUGCACCACCCAGCUGGGGGCCCCUCACGCACCCGUCAACUGCAGCUGUGACCAUCUGAGCACAGUGACUGUGCUUCAUCAGCAGAUGUUCAGCAGGCUGGACUCUGCAGAACUGACUCACAUCCUGAGCCCUGCCAGAGACCUGACGGUGGUGUGUGUGUUGGUGGUGUGUGUGUGUGUGUACGCUGUGCUUCUGCUUGUGUGUGGGAGGACCCGCCGUGAGGACGAACAGGAAGUUGUCGUGCUCUGGGACAACCCCUCGUCUGACCGCCAGCUCUACGCCGUGACGGUUCACACCGGGCUUUGCUCCUCACGAGAGCUGUCUGCCAGGGUUUAUAUAGUACUGUAUGGGGAUGAGGGGGCCUCGCUGACCAGAGAACUACAUGAUCCACAAUGCACUCUGUUCAGACCCAACUCCAGGAACACAUUCAUACUGAGUACGGCAGAGGGUCUGGGGCUGCUAUGGGGGGUGCAUCUGUGGCAUGAUGACUCUGGCUCCGCCCCCAGCUGGUACCUGGCCCAGGUGGAGGUGUGUGAGGUGGUGGAGGGGCGGGCUGGUGGGCGGAGCUGGGUGUUCCCAGCCCAGUGCUGGUUGGCUGCAGACCAGGGUGAUGGACAGGUGGAGAGGAGACUGAAGGUGUGCACCCAGGGGCUUGGAUUCACCACGUUGCUGUGCCUGAAGUUAUCAGAGUACCUGAGUGACUUCCACUCGUGGGUGUGUGUGUUCGCCCGGCCGACCCCCAGCGUGUUCUCCCCCUCGCAGCGUGUGAGUGUGUGUGUGCUGCAGCUGCUGGGCCACGUGUGUGCCACCGCGCUGCUCGUGUCACGCCAGGACCACCUGUACACACUAGAGCUGGGGCUUGUCGACAUGUCCACGGAUUCCCUGGUGACGGGGAUGAUGAGCGUGCUGGCGGUGUUGCCCGUGGUAACAGCGGUGUCCUUCCUGUUCCGGAGUCGUGAGGUCAGACAGGAGGGGUCAGAGGUCAGCAAGGACGUGAGCAGACCUCCGGACAAUAACGGAGUUGAAGGUGUUGAAGUUCAGGAGGAACUUCCUCCAGACCCCCCAGAGGCCGGUCCUCCAGACCCCCCAGAGGCCGGUCCUCCAGACCCCCCAGAGGCCGGUCCUCCAGACCCCCCAGAGGCCGGUCCUCCAGACCCCCCAGAGGCCGGUCCUCCAGACCCCCCAGAGGCCGGUCCUGGCUACAGCAGGGUGUGUGGGUGUCCAGGCAGCUCCCAGCUCAUCGAACCAGGAGGACUGAGGGCCUCUCCCCGCUGCGUCCCCUCCCUCGCAUGGGCCCUCUGCCUGCUGCUGGCCUUGGCCUGCCUGGGGCUCAGCGCUGCUCUGGGGACCAGGUUCAGCAGCAGUAAGGUUCUUCUGUGGAGUCACUCCCUGUUCUGUUCCCUGCUGCUCUGCUCCGCCCUGGUCCAGCCUGGCCUGAUCUUCAUCGUAGCUGCAGGAGUCUCCUUCUGGUACAGGAACAGACCCGACUACCUCACUUCCUUCCAGUACAGGAAGAGACCUGACGACCUCACUUCCUCCGGCAUCUCCAACGUGGAAGUAAACACCCCAAAAUUCUGGAUCCAAGAUGGCGUUCAUGUAUCUGGAUAUGUCACGCCUCCCCACCAAUCACAGGAUAGGAGCUCAUACUUCGACAAGGUGCUGGCGGCCCGUCAGAGAGCUCGGUUCCUGCGUCUGGUGCGACCUCCGACCCCAGAGGAGCUGAGGAGGAGAGGACGGCGGAGGGUGGUGUGUGUGUCUGAGAGUGUGUGUUAUUGCAGGGAGGUGUCUGUGUGGGCCUCCAUGCUGCUGCUCCUGCUCUGCAUCGCGUCCGGAAGGUUCUCCAGAGACCAGAACCGCCUCAAUGCAGCCAUCAGGACACACUUCACCAGGGGUUCGUCUCAUCCACUCUUAACGGUCAGAACCCAGGAGGACUGGUGGAACUGGUCCCAGACCAGCCUGCUGGAUGGAUUAUACUGGGACAACACAGCCUCCGCCUCUGGAACGGCUGGGCUGUUGCAGGGAUCGUGUGUCCUGAUUGGACGGCCCGUCUUGACGAAGAUCACAGCGGUUUUGGCUGAGGCCAAGCUGGAGGCUCUGAGGUCGGAGGGGUGGGUGGAUGGAGGUACGGUGGCUCUGGAGGUCCAGUUCACCCUGUACAGCCCUGGGCCGUCCCUCGUCGCCAGUGUGAGCCUGCGGGCUGAGAGGGGCCCCCAGGGGGCGCUGGUGCCCUCGCUCCACACCCAGUCCUCCAGACUCCUCCACUCCCCCACAGCGUGGGACUACGUCCUCAUGGGUUGCCAGCUGGUCUUCCUCCUCCUCUCUCUGCUGCAGCUCUACCUUCAGAUCUGCUCUAUCAGGCAGAAAGGCAUGCUGGGAUACUGGAGGGUCCCCUGGAACUGGCUGGAGGUCAGUAUAAUCCUGACAGCUCUGAUGUUCUCUGUUCACCACGCCUGUCUUACUAGCCGCACCCUGGAGGUCACGCACCUGCUGCUGGGACAUGACCGUGAACACGUCAACCUCAGCUCUCUGUCCUGCUGGGGGCAGCAAAGCCGCAGCCUUCAGGGUCUGCUCCUCCUCUUCCUCACGAUGAAGAGCAUGUUCGUGUUCAGACGGACCCGAGUGAUGAUGACCUCCGUGUCUCUGCUCUCAGACACCUUCUCCUGCCUGCUCUGGCCCACGAUCUCUGGGGCUGUCCUGUUGGUGGCGCUGUUCAGCAUGAGAAACCUCCUGCCCUCAGGGGGGCCCAGGGCCUCCCUCUCCCUCCAGGCCCUCCUGAGGGCCCCCCGGGCUGGGCAGGGUGGCAGAACCUCCCCCCUCUCCCUCCUCCACACCCCCACCACGCCCUGCCAAGGGGCCCUGUGGCUGGCUGCCUUUCUGGCCUGGUCUGCAAUGGUCACUGGCCUGGUCUCCUCAUUGGUCAGAGCUGCCAGGACGACCAAUAGGAGAAGGAGUCCUCUGGCGCUGUCCGAGGUCACCGCCUACCUCUGGGAGAGAGCGUCCGUGCUGAUUGGCCGACGCAGGAAGCGGUGGACAGAUGGCCACGCCCAGAGAAGAAGCUACUACCUGGAGGAGUUUGAGAGUUUAGUGGAUGAGCUGCUGUUUCGACUGAAUGCCUUCUCCAACAGCCUUCACCACACCCUGCCCCCGAAAAACUACAGAGCGGACAGUGCCUCUCUCCCCUCCUCCCUUCCCUCUUCCCUCCCCUCCUCUCCACAGAGUCCACUCUCCCAGGGAUCACAGCGUUCCACUGUGAAUGAAACCACCGACUCAACCAUGGACGUCAAAGACCCCCUGAACAUCACACCUCGACCAGGGCCUGAUCCCCUCCAGGGAUGGGAGUCCCUGGGAGCUGGAGGGAGAUCUGGGCGGGAUCUGUGGGAGGUCCUCACGCCUCACACCUGGGAAGAGACUGGAUGGAUGGAGAAUCCGACUGUGUAUUGGGAGAACCAGCCCAGCCACGGCUCAGCCCCUGGCCUGGCUGCCUGGAGCCCCAGGAGACGGCACCAAGCUGGGGUAGAGGCACCCAGACAGGCCCAUACGGUGGUGGAGGUCCUGGUUCACAGUGGGGAGAGGAGACCCCAACACAACCAGGAACAGUGACACAGCAGGAAGGCUGACCCUCCACACUACCAGCAUGUAAAUCAACUGGUCUGGAUGUUUUUACUCCUGGUCUUUGGAUUGAUUUAUCGUAGCAAUACCAUGAAUUACUGGGUACAGAUGUACUGAUAUGAUUUAGUUUCUUUCUUUCUUAAUAUAAUAUAUUUAUGAACAAUGUUCUUUGAAACUGCUGACCAAUUAUUUAAAAAAGUUUAAAAUUCAUGUCGCUCAGAUUAUGCUUUUCCAAGAGCUAAAAAAAAGUUUGGUGUGCGUUCCCACUUUGUAUUUUUUUUUAUUACCUGCAACGAUAAAGUUGUUCUACAAGUUCUUCGACUUUCUUGAAAUGAUUUGCACAAAUUAUACCUGGUCCAACUAGCUUCUGUAUCCCAAGAACCGUCCAAUAACACUGUCCGACGUGCAGGUCU